CUUUGAUGAAAGCAUUUUAGUCAUUUACCAGUGAAAAGCAUGGCCCUGGUUUUUCAUGAGAGCUGUCUGUUUUGAUUCCAGUUAGAGGUCCCUGUUCCAGACUGUGGUUCUGCUCUAUGGGUCCUUGGUACUGGUUCUGAUGCUUGUGGACUUCCUAUGUUUCUAUCGUGUGUGGGGUUUUACAGUAACGUCAGCUCUUAGGAGGCAUGUCACCUGUCCCCGCUCGAUCUCUAGCCUCUUCUUCCCCUACAGUAACAAGACACAGCAGCAGCGCUACCUUGGCAAUGGGAGGGDCUCAGGAGUCCUAUCAGCGUAUGGAGCUGGAGGCAAGAGCUGAAAAUGACCAGGAAGAUGCUCUACAAAUGUCGGCGCCCAGGGAAGACACGUUUCCGAGGUGAUGGAAGGCUGUGUCUGGCAGGUUUUGGAGUAGGGACCCCCAGUCAGAGAGGUUGUGGCGGCUGUGUAGAGGAAAGCCGAGGGUGCCAGGAUGCACAUAUCAGCGAGGGAUAUCUGGCCCUGUCUUUCACAGACAGAGUAGAGUGCUGGAACUCUGAACGAAAUGAGAAGAAACCAGGGUGGAGUAUGGGGAUUCCAGAUAAUACUGGGCCCUCACUAGCAUUCCCAUUAGUUCCAGGAGGGUACAUAGCUUCCAACCCUCCCUUUUACCGCCCACUUUCCCCACAACUACUGGCUGUUAGCCUGGCACUAGGCACAGAGCACGCAGUCCUCCUCACUGCCUCUGGAGACAUCUACACCUGGGGCUCAGGCAGCCAUGGGCAGCUGGGACAUGGGGACCUGAGCCCGCAGGAGGAGCCCAGAGCAAUGGAGGCACUAAUGGGUAUGCCCAUGAGCACUGUGGCCGCCGGGGGUUGGCACUCUGUCUGCACCAGUGCUGGGGGAGACCUGUACGUGUGGGGCUGGAAUGAGAGUGGCCAGGUGGGACUGCCAUCACGAGCGCUAAGAGGAGAGCAGCAGAAGAACCAGGACACAGGUGGUGCCAGCACAUGUAAAGAUCAAGAGGAGAGCAACGAUGAGGUGUUCAUAUCAAUACAGGCCUUCCCAGCCCUGGUGGAUGUUACUCAGUCAUGUGAGGUCAGCAAGAUCAGCUGUGGGUCGCGUCACACUGCGGCAGUCACAAGUACAGGUGAUCUCUACACCUGGGGCUGGGGUGAAUACGGCCAGCUGGGACAGGGGACUGUGAACAGUUCAGACGAGCCAAGACGGGUAGAGUUUUUCAAGGACCAGGGGCUGCGUGUGGUGGAUGUAGUGUGUGGACCAUGGAACACUUUUGUUUCUGCUAUCAAAGAGGACCCCUCUCUCCAUCCUGACACAAAUAUCCUUAUUCCUCUGUAACCAAGGACUACAUAGAAUGGAAAAACUGCCUGUAGGAGUUGAGCACUAAGGACGGGGCACAGAUUGAUUGACUAGCUGUUUGUUUCAGACAAAGUAAAGUUAGUGACUAAGA